AUGUCCGAAUCACCCAGUUAUUCCAGAACAAGUUCCACUUCGUCUUUGGGAAAGCUUCUUGAAAGUUUUCACCACCACAAACCAAACGUCACCUCCAGAAAGAGCACUAACUCAAUAGCCACGAGUCCUUCAAGGGACAAUCUAGGUAUCCUAGCACGUGCCAAACGCAGUAGUGUGAAACUGGAUGAGUACGACCGCCAAACACACGAGGAAACAGUAUUACCGGUCCCUCAACUGCCAAAGGUGAAGGAGACUCAUUAUGUGCGUGUGGAGUACGAUCCGAUAACGCACAAGAGAAUACUGAACACAUAUGAGAUUCUCAAAGAUCUUGGGAGCGGUCAGCAUGGCAAAGUGAAAUUGGCAAAAGACCUCAAUUCCAACGAGCUGGUUGCAAUAAAGAUUGUGGAUCGUGGCUCAAAGCCAAGAUUGGGUCGAUUGACGCGACCUGGAUCCUCCCAAGAGGACAAAAUUAGACGGGAAAUAGCGAUCAUGAAGAAGUGCUCGCACCCGCAUGUUGUCAAGCUUUUGGAAGUACUGGACGCAGAAAGCUCUAGAAAAAUAUACAUGGUGCUAGAAUAUUUGGAGAAAGGUGAGAUUCAGUGGCAGAAGGAAGACGAAGAGACUGAGUUCAAACCCGAACCGUUGCUUUCCUUAUCUGAAGCAAAGAAUGUGUUCAGAGACGUUGUCAGCGGGCUCGAAUAUCUGCAUAAUCAAGGAAUCAUCCACAGAGACAUCAAACCAUCCAAUUUACUCGUUUCUAAAGACUAUGUGGUAAAGAUAUCAGACUUUGGGGUCUCCUUCGCAGCAAGCUUGGAAGGAAAUGACGAAGUCGAGCUCGCCAAAACUGCAGGCACACCUGCGUUCUUGGCUCCGGAAUUGUGCAAAACAGAUGGGUCUUGUGACAAAGUGACCUACAAGAUAGAUAUAUGGGCUUUGGGAGUCACAUUAUACUGUUUAUUAUUUGGCUGUCUUCCGUUCAACGCCGAGUCAGAAUUUGCGUUGUUUGACACCAUCUGCAACAAGCCAUUAACCUACCCAGAUACCAAUAAAUGGAAGUGCUCGCCGCCAAUACCAGAUUACGAUUUGAACCAAGCCAAGGAUCUUAUCGACAAGCUUCUCCGGAAAUCGCCUGAGAAUAGAAUCGAGAUCAGUGAUAUAAAGGCACAUCCUUUUUUUCUCGAAGGACUGUCCCGGGCCCAAUCUAGAAAAUACAAAGCCAAUUGGAAUAGCAAAAUGAAGAUUGCCGUUAGCACUGAAGAGGUUAACGAGGCAGUGGUCGGUAUCGGCAACAGAAUCAAGAAGAAACUGUCUGAUGUUUUUAGACUGACAGGUCUUUCUGCUCCUAAAACGAAACAAUCGCUUUACGUCCAAUCUCUAAAAGGCAUGAUGAGUCCUUCUGACUCAGAAUCGUCCACAGGCACUCCAACUAACGGCGAACAUUCUUAUUUGCUGUCGGAGGCCCUCAGCACAAGCGGGUGGUCAAAGAGUUCCAGCCUUCCUUCGUCUCCAUCAGCGCAAAGCGCUACACCUCCAAAAUUAGUUACUCGCCGGAGCGAGCUGGCACCUGGAAACCGGGACUCUCUCGCCCUUUCUAUUGACUCGACCACAACAGAUUCAUCGUCGUUGUCCAAAGUGGUCGAGACAAAGCACAACGUGGACGCAGACUCUCUCAUUGCACCAAACCGAAGAGGCUCUUCUGCACUUAGUCAACUUUCCGAGAUCAUUAGAACGACGAGCAACCCGGACUCGUCAAAUUUGCCCAUAACAGAGAGCGAAAUGACCAUCACCACAGAUACAAGUGACCGUGAGCUGAUCGAUCCGUCAUACAGCGUUGAUGACAAAUCCGGUCAUACAAAUACAGCACAGGAGGAUGACUCGCCGAACGGGGCCUCGUUGCCGGUGGUUCCCAGCUUUGCAUCGCUGGACAGUUUCUAUGAAAACUCGUCCAAUCCAAACUCCUCGUCGCUCGAAACCUCAGUUUACACAGGAAUACCAUCGCAGAGACUGCCAACCAACUUGGGCACGCGUCAAGGCUCAGUGAGCUCUUCUACGUCGAUGUCACGUGCUUCACACGGAGAACUUCGCUCUGCUGCUUCGCAUACACUAGGGAACGACGUUCCCUUGCACACAAUGAACUCUGCAGUGUCCGUGCCAGAACAUAUUAAAUCCGAUCUGGAAUCCAUCGCACCUGCGAUCACUAAUGAUUACUACAGUGCGAGACACUUGUCCCCGGCUGGACGACCUGUUAGCGUAGCCAUGCCACAAUGCCGAAACUCGCGCAAGGUGGUUUUCAAUAAUGACUCCGAAAACUCUGCUUCUUCUGACGAUGAAGGGAGUUCUGAACAGCGGACCAUCAAAGUGCCGGAUAAUCCUCAAGAAACGCAGAAGUCUCCAACCAACACCGCGCGGAAUCCUCUGUACGGGAAAAAACUGGUGAUUGCGCCAGUUUCUCACAACUCCGAAAGCGGGUCAGACUCCGAAGACUCUGACGACUCCGCAGAGCUGACACUGUCAUUUGGAAUGAAUCGCUCUCGACCUCCACUUGUUGCGCGUCCAUCGCUUCCGCGUGCUACGAGCCACGCCACUUCAAUUAUCCAGGACAGCAUACACGACGUUCCGGUGAAUUUGAUUUCACCGGACUACCAGACGGAGGCCAGCAAAUUGAUUCCCGGGAUACGAAAUACUGAUUUGAGCGGUAAGUAG